UACAAAGUCCAGCGCAAUAAUCCGGCAUGUAGUAUGUGUUAACGGCACUGCUCAACUACCAAAUAUGAAUACUUCUGCCUGUAUGUGCUAUGGCGUAAACUUUCAAUUUCCUUUCCCCAACAUCUUACAUGGACGAUGGCAAGCUAUCUGUAUUGAGUAUGAUGGGAGACAGAGUGCUGGUUUCAAGCACAGGGCAGGUGUUUAUUUAGAAAAGGACCACAGGAGGAGGCAGGUAGCAGGAUCUAGACAGGCAGAAGGUCAUACACUGGGAAUCCAAAAAGGCCGGUGGUGGUUGGUCCGCUCCAGGAGUCUGAGGUGCGGGAGGUUCCUUCUCCCCCUCUGGACAUCGAGGGGGCCACGGCGUACUCCGUCCAUUUCAUCCUGGAUUCAAUGCGUCGAUCGAGGGGCCUUCAGUACCUCGUGGAGUGGGAGGGGUAUAGUCCUGAGGAGAGGUGCUGGGUUCCGGUGGCGGACGUGUUGGACCCUGAAAUGCUACGGGAGUUCCACCGUCUCCAGCCGGAUCUCCCUGCACCUCGUCCUCUGGGUCAUCCCCGAGGCGCGCUGCUGGAUCCGCGCGUCAAGGGUGGGUCACAACUCACGGCUCCCCUCCUUGUUUGGGCAGCGUUCGGCGGUCAAUGUCACCGGCCUUCUAGCCAUCGCCGCUCCAUUUUUCAGGACACCUGGUUUACAUUCUCUCAAAAUGUGAGCACAAAUUUGUUUACAUCCCUGUUAGUGAGCAUUUUAUCCUUUGU